UAUUUCUUCUGCCUGCCUCGGUUACUGCCCACAAUAACAGCUUACAACCCCAACGAACCGGUUUUUCGCUGUACUUAAAUCAAAGGCAAACGCUUCUCCUGCGCACACAGGGCGCUGCCGCCGGCGGGCACCUCCCUCCUCGCAGCCUGGGGAGUAGAUCUGGCUGCCAGCUCGCCCCACAGCCCUGCCUGAAGGUGGCUGCGUCUCCGGGGGGUAAAGGAGAGGAGCUGGGGCCUCGCUAUGAAGGCGCUGAGCGAUUUGGUGGGCGCACUGAUUCCCAGGCAGGACGGGACGCAGGCGGCGGAGGCACUUGCAGCCGACGAGGAGACGCUGUUACCAAAUGAGAGAGAAUUUCAUCAUGCUGCUAAAAUGAAUAAUUUGGAAACCAUGGAGAAUUUACUUAGGAAGAAUGUUAACAUUAAUGCUGUAAAUACUCUGCGGCGCACAGCUCUCCAUUUUGCUGUUGCAGGAAAUCAUAUCUCUGCUGUGGAUUUCCUGCUCCAUCACAAAGCUAGAGUGGAUGUUGCAGAUAAGCAUGGGCUGAUGGCGAUUCAUCUUGCAAGUUGGUCGGGAAACCUAGAUAUUAUGCGAAUGUUAGUUAAAGCAGGUGCUGACCAAAAGGCUACGGACCAGGAGGGACUGAAUGUCCUGCAUUUUGCAGCUCUGAACAAUAAUGUGGAAAUAGUGAAUUAUCUUCUCCAGGAACUUCAGCUAAUGGACCUAAACAAGCUGGAUGAGAAAGGUAAAAGGCCAUUUCUUCUGGCAGCUGAAAAAGGCCAUGUUGAAAUGAUAAACAGUCUGAUUUCUCUGAAGCUGUUCACCUCUGAAAAAGACAAGGAAGGAAACACAGCACUGCAUUUAGCUGCUAAAAAUGGUCACCAGAAGGUGCUAAAAGUUCUGCUACAAAAAUGGGAAGAAAAAAAUGAACUCAAUCAGAACGGAGAGACACCCUUUUAUUUGGCUGUUGAAGGAGGUCAUGAAAAAUGUGCUAAGCUGUUACUGGAAGCAGGAAGUGAUAUCAACAUUUCAAACAAACACAAUAGUAAUGCUUUGCAUGUCGCAAUACAGAAUGGACAUACAUCCUUAGUCACAUUUCUUAUCAGUGAAAAUAUUGAUCUUGUUCUUAAAUCAGAGAAUUCUCCUCUGCAUUUGGCUGUCCUCAAUAAAAACUUUCCAGUAGUAAUUAGCCUCUUGGAGGCUAAUUACAAUAUAAACGCCUUGAAUCACAGGCAACAAACCCCUCUCCACCUGGCAGCUGAUCAGGGCAAUGUGGAACUAGUGGAACUGCUGCUAAAGGCAGGCUGUGAUCUCAAGAUUGCCGAUAAGCAAGGAAAAACUGCACUGGCUGUUGCAUCCAGGAGCAACCAUGCUCUCGUCAUUGAUAUGAUUAUUAAAGCAGAAAGGUAUUACACCUUUAAACAGGAGCAUCCAGAAAACCAUGUUGAUGUGCCAGAUUUUAUUUUAUCCUUUAAACAGGAUCACAGUGCACAGACUAAGCAAAUUCGUUUCUGUCUCUGGAAUCUGGCUUACAAUCAGUUAAAACCUCAAGAAUGGAAGAAGCUGGCCCUGUUCUGGAAUUUUACAGAGGCACAAAUAAAAGCAAUUGAAGAACAGUGGACAGGAAAAAAGAGCUAUAAGGAACAUGGACACCGAAUGCUGCUCAUCUGGUUACAUGGUAUAUUGCUGGCUCACCGGAAUCCAGUCAAACAUAUAUAUGAAGAUCUGGUGAAUGUAGGAUUUCAACAAGAAGCUGAGAAGAUCAGAGCUGAAAGGAGCACUGAGACAGAGUCCAAGAAGUGUGCUGUUUCAUGAACUCUUCAGCAGCAGCUGGGAUAGGCUAUGGACUAAAUAAGUAAUCUUUCCAGAAAAGAUCUUAUAGUAGAAAUUCAGUUACUAACCACUUGGGACUGGAGGUUGUUUGUAACUUUGAACAAAACAUAAUGGCUGUUCUUUCAAGAGUUAAUUUACAACUGGAAAUUGAUUUAUACAACUUUGAAACUUUAGUAUGCAGAAGAAAAAUGCUGCUAGCCUUUAUUUUUUUUAGUAGUUUAACACAGUAUGUUACUUUCUUUUAUUUUGGUCCUCUGUUCCUGCAUGAUAUUGUCUGGUCAGCUUUUAGUUCUGGUGUUUGUAAUUCUCAAGUUCUAUUGUGUUUGCAAAAUGUAGUUCACCUCCUGUGAAGUUUUUUCAAAAUUCUUUAUUUAAAGAUUAUUAGUGCUACAACACAAAUUUCUACACCUGGUUAGUUCCAUACUCUGCCUUUUUUGGACAUUUCACCUUUGAAAGAAAUUACACUAACAGUAAUUCUCUCCCAUAUAAAAAUAAAUACAAUUACACUGUCAUUCUGUGACUUCCACCAAGUGAUAGAACAUGCUACAGUGUUUUUGUAUGUGACUUACAAUAAUUCCAUAUUGGAACUGUACUUAAACCAGUUUAUGCUUGAUAUGGAAUGUACUUCCUGUCAGCCAAGAAGCAGAGCACAUGUAUUUCAAAAGUGAGGAUUAUGUGGAUAAAUAAUCAACAUCUUGUCUGUAAAUGGGCUAGCUCCCAGCCUAACUUGAGAUGUAGCUCAUUUUAAGGUAAAUUCCAAAGAGGAUUACAGUUUCUUGGCUUUGUCUUGUUCAGUGACAUUAUCUGGGUGGAUGUUUGUUCUUAAAGAUUUUUUGAUUACACAGGACAAAGAUACAAGAUACAGUUUCAGUAUAACAUAGGCAGGUGUCUCAUAAUAGGGAUACGCUUAUCCAGCAAAAGGACAUGUAAUACCAUAUACUGAUUACUAACUCUUCAUGUGAAUGGAAAGUGGAUGCAACUGUAGUGCUACUUUUCCUAAAAACAGCUUUAUUUGUGAAUACAUAUUUUACUGUAAUACUUGCUGGUAACUUCUGUCUAAUGAGAGCACUGAACAUUUGUCAUGAGCUCUAUGUGGCCAUUUUAACAAACUUACAUUUGGUGCUACAGACGAUGCUUGACUUGUUCAUUUAUUAAAUUCUAAUGACAAUUUUUUUUUUACAGCUGAGUACAUUUAAAAAUCUCCCAGCAGUCUGACUGGUGCUUUGGUAAAAGUGGUAAUACACUGAAUUAGUAGCAUUCUGCAGUCUUCAAUGUAACCCCCCAUGGGGUUACUGUCCUGCAUUGCACCCACGAAGGACAGUAGAACCAGAUUCCCUUUCUCUAAGGCACUAAACGAACAGUGGCUAUGUUGUAACAUGAGUUUAAGACCCACCCAAAUGAGUGUUUUAAAAAUAGAAAGAACCCCCAAAUUGAUUACAGAAGAAGGUAGGAGGUUAUGUUGAAUAAUUUUCUUUCUUGUAUUAGCUUGGCUGUUUGCUUUGUACUCUUUCCU